CUGGCAGCAGCUCUGCCUGGCUCUCUCUCUGCCUCCCUGGGGGAAAGCCUUCCUCUCACUGCAGGCUGCUCCUCUGCCACACCAGAGGCGGGACGAGGAGGCAGCAGAAGGGUCCCUGCACUGCCAAAAUCCCACACACACCUGCGGCAGGCGAACCAUGAGGACGAGCUCUUUGCUCCUGCAAACUCUUCAGCUUUGACUGGAAAUCUUCAUCUGCCUCCACACGGGGCCAUGGAGGAGCAGUACAUUUCCAAACUCCACCCAGUAGUGGAUUAUGGAGCUGGGGUCUUUCUCCUAAUCAUAGCCAUCCUGACAAUCCUUGGGAAUUCAGCUGUCCUUGCCACGGCCGUGAAACGCUGCUCCCUCCUCAAGUCGCCGGAGCUGCUGACGGUGAACCUGGCGGUGGCGGACAUUGGGAUGGCCCUCAGCAUGUACCCACUGGCCAUUGCAUCUGCCUGGAACCACGCCUGGCUGGGGGGAGAUGCCUCCUGCGUUUACUACGCCCUGAUGGGGUUCCUGUUUGGGGUGUGCAGCAUGAUGACCCUGUGCGCCAUGGCCGUGAUCCGAUUCCUCGUCACCGACUCCUCCAAAUCCAACAGUAACAGAAUCACCAGGAGCACUGUCUGUGUGCUGAUUGCUUCCAUCUGGCUCUACUCCCUGCUCUGGGCCAUCCUGCCCUUGGUGGGCUGGGGCUACUACGGCCCCGAGCCCUUCGGCAUCUCUUGUACCAUCGCCUGGAGCAAGUUCCACAACUCCUCCAAUGGCUUCUCCUUCAUCCUGAGCAUGUUCCUCCUGUGCACAGUCCUGCCAGCGCUGACCAUCGUUGCCUGCUACCUGGGGAUCGCCUGGAAGGUUCAUAAAGCAUACCAAGAGAUCCAGAAUAUUGACAGAAUCCCUAACGCAGCCAAACUGGAGAAGAAGCUGACCCUGAUGGCCGUGCUCAUCUCAGUGGGGUUCCUGAGCUCCUGGACACCCUAUGCCGCUGCCAGCUUCUGGUCCAUCUUCAACUCCAGCGAUUCCCUGCAGCCCGUGGUGACGCUGCUGCCCUGCCUGUUCGCCAAAUCCUCCACAGCCUACAACCCUUUCAUUUACUACGUCUUCAGCAAGACUUUCCGCUGCGAGAUUAAGAAGCUGCAGUGCUGUUGUGGCUGGCGGGUUCGCUACUUCAGCUCCGACAACUCGGUGGAGAUCGCCGUGUCCACCACGUGGGGCGGGAGGGACAAUGUCCAUGUGUCUGUGGCACCAAAGGCAGAGAGCCYGGGGGCUGCAGCUCCCUGAAAUGCAGCCAGGGAUUCACAGCACAGGUCAAACCUGGCCUCGCUCCCAGCUCCAGAGGAGUAAGGAUGCAGCAAAUGAGGCUGUCAMUGCAUAUCUUAUGUCAUUACAGAGGUUUAAGUAUAUGUAUUUUUAGCAGCUCUCAAAUAUUGUCUUUAAGCCUCACAGUGCAGAAAAUUAAAUCUAUUUUUCCCCAAGAAAUUCCACUUUAGAGGAAAUAGAUUUAUGUACCAAACAUAGCAUCAUGUAAAUUAAACUUAUUUUCAGGUAAAUGGAGAUGUAAUAUUUUUGUGGGUUUUUUUUCCUAUGCUUUUGAUUUUUUCAAUGCACUCUAUCUGCAAGCUCUUGGCUCUUCCAGUAAAACAUCASAGAAAGCCAUAGGUUGCCCACAGUGUUACCAAAUAAACACAGCUGAGGGUGUAGUUUUCCAGCAAUACAGAUUGGAAGCCAUAUGGGGAGCAAGAAAUAUUCACUGCCAGGAAAAGGUGAGAAUGUGGCUGCUCUUAAAAUUAUGUGGAGAUCUCUGGUUCCUUGCUCAGUCAGAGGUGCAGCUCCAACUGCAAACAGCAAUCCAAGGAGUUGAGCAGCAUUGACCAAUGCUUGGUGGGAAUGUGGCAGCCAGUGAAGGAUUCCUUUUGUGCAUCCCACAGGGCACGGUGGAAGUGAAGGGAGCUCUCAGCAGGAGGAGCUGUGCCCUYGGGCUCUUGYUGGCUGAGGAACAAYAGCUCU